CCCUUGAGGUGCCGGUGUGCUAGAAGACAUCCGUGAGUGGACAACUUCUUAUUUCUGAAAGACCUCACGAAAGAAGCAGGCGAAGAGCUUUGGAACAAGAACAUUCACAUAACCAGUCCACAGAAAGAACUGUACAUAAACUCUAUAGCUGCUGAAAAUGGCUGUCAUGUUAAAGCCCUGGACCGUCAUCGCUACUCUCGUCUUGUGCGUGCUGCUGUGUCUCGGGACAUUUGUGGAUGCCUAUCCGCCCAAACCAGAGAACCCUGGUGAAGACGCUGCGCCAGAGGACCUGGCCAAAUAUUACACCGCACUGAGACAUUACAUCAACCUAAUCACGAGACAAAGGUAUGGGAAAAGGUCCACCUCAGAGGAUGUGAUGGCAGAGCUGCUUUUCGGGGAUGACACAGUGCGCAAACAGAGAUCAAGAUAUGAUGACUCUUACAUGUGGUGAAGUUUAGUGACCCCUGUGCAUUGACUCCUGAGCUAAGCCCUCCUGUGCCUCCAGACAUCCAUAUGAGAGCCAGCCAUCAUCAGAGAAUCUCAUUCACCUCUUUAUUGAGUGCAUAGUCUGUUUUCCUUUUCUUUUGUGCGCACUGAACAAAUCUCUUUAACUGUAUAUAAUAUAUUAUAAUAGAAAAUAUGAAGGAAACUGUAUAUGUGUACACUUCAUUGUGUCAUACAAAACAUAUGUGUUUUGUUUGUACCAUGUAAAUUAUUCUAGGUGAUUAAAAGUUUAUUGGAUGAA